CAUGUAUCCACGUGUUUUCCCUUCAACCUUGCUUUGUCACCGGGUAGUUUGAUUAUAAAUAAUACAUGUAUAUAUAUAUUACUACAUAAACUAACGGCUAUAUAGCAUGAACGAUAUGUUUACCAAAAUAGAAAGGGGAAAGUAUAUUGGUUACUAUUUGUUGGGUGUUACGUGUGGACCAACUCUUGCACCUGUCAUCUCUGGAUUUAUAUCUUCAACAGGAAAGUGGAGAUGGGUUUUUUGGCUCUUACUCAUUCUUUCAGCAAUUGUGACGGUAUUUUCGUUCCUGUUUCUCAAAGAGACUUAUAAACCUGUUUUGGAACAAAAGAACAAAAAUGCAUCAUCGGCAAUUGAAAAUUCGGGUAAUGCAAAUGUCCCGAAAGAAGGGGAAGCGGAAAGAAAACCCAUAGUUCGCAUUCUAGUAGAUGCACUUACUCGUCCACUUCUAAUUCUCAUAACAAGACCCAUUGCAAUUUGCAUAGCGCUAAUCCAGUCAAUGAUUUCAGGCGUCUUGUACCUCUUUUUUACUGGAAUUCCCGCAAUUUGGGAGGGUGAAUAUCAUUUUCCCAUCCAAAAGGCGGGUCUUACUUAUUUAGGUUUGUUAGUAGGAAUGCUCUUUUCAUUGUUUGCAGUGAAACUUUUUGAUAAACUCGGUUAUGGUCGGGGUUUCUCACUUCUUGGAUUCUGUACAAUUGGUUUGUCUGGAAUACUUCCCAUUUUAUAUAUCUUUGGUGAACGACUUCGGCGCAUAGGAACGCAAAAGAAUUAAUACGGGACUAGGGGUAGGAUUAGCAACCUUAAUUGAUUUUUGUGUUGCUGUGAUUGGAUUAUUUAUGAAUGUUAUUUAUUAAUUAAGACAUGCCAUUUUGU